AUGGAUGCCACCAAGCGGCAGCAGCAACAGCACGACGAGGAAGCACUCUCCAACUCUUCUCCUCCAGCUUCUUCUUCCUGGGCGUCAACCUCUUCCUCUUGCUUGCCUGGCUCAGGGGACACAGACAGGGCGCCGCUGCUGCCCUGCAAGAUGGCCGACGAUGAAAAGGUCGACAGGGUUGACGUUUCUGAUGAUACGGCCCACCAGAUUAGCGUUGAUCCUUGGUAUCAAGUUGGAUUUGUCCUGACAACAGGGGUCAAUAGUGCAUAUGUUCUUGGAUACUCUGGGUCGAUUAUGGUCCCUUUGGGCUGGAUUGGUGGAACAUGCGGCUUGAUCCUGGCUGCUGCAAUCUCGAUGUAUGCAAAUGCUCUGCUUGGUCGCCUUCAUGAAGUUGGCGGGAAACGCCAUAUUAGAUACAGAGAUCUUGCUGGACAUAUAUAUGGAAGAAAAAUGUAUGCGCUUACAUGGGCUCUGCAGUAUAUUAAUCUUUUCAUGAUCAACACUGGCUUUAUCAUCUUAGCUGGCCAAGCACUGAAGGCAAUAUACGUACUCUUUAGAGAUGACGGGCUUCUCAAACUUCCCUACUGCAUAGCAUUAUCUGGGUUUGUCUGUGCUCUUUUUGCAUUUGGAAUUCCUUACCUAUCUGCUCUCCGAAUUUGGUUGGGAUUCUCCACUGUUUUCAGUCUCAUCUAUAUCGUGAUAGCAUUUGUGCUGUCGCUUAGAGAUGGCAUAACAGCACCUGCAAAAGAUUACAGUAUUCCUGGAUCAGAGUCAACUAGAGUCUUCACUACGAUAGGUGCUGUAGCAAAUCUUGUAUUUGCGUACAACACUGGAAUGCUACCAGAAAUUCAAGCAACCAUAAGGCCUCCUGUGGUCAAGAACAUGGAGAAAGCUCUCUGGUUCCAAUUCACUGUUGGUUCGUUGCCUCUGUAUGCUGUGACCUUUAUGGGAUACUGGGCUUACGGAUCGUCAACCUCGAGUUAUCUACUGAAUAGCGUCCAUGGUCCAGCUUGGAUAAAAGUUGUGGCAAAUCUCUCUGCCUUUCUUCAGACUGUCAUAGCAUUACAUAUAUUUGCAAGCCCAAUGUAUGAGUACUUGGACACAAGAUUCGGCAGCGGACACGGUGGGCCUUUUGCAAUCCAUAAUGUUGUGUUCAGAGUUGGUGUGAGAGGAGGCUACCUGACUGUGAACACAUUGGUGGCUGCGAUGCUCCCGUUCCUUGGCGACUUCAUGAGCCUGACCGGCGCCCUGAGCACAUUCCCCCUCACGUUCGUUCUUGCGAACCACAUGUACCUGAUGGUGAAGGGGCCCAAACUUUCUGCCUUCCAGAAAGGUUGGCACUGGCUGAAUGUUGUUGGGUUCAGCUUGUUGUCGGUCACGGCUGCAGCCGCCGCGCUCAGGCUUAUCAUACUGGAUUCCAGUACCUACCACUUAUUUGCUGAUAUAAAAGCAAUCAGCCCCUCAGGCGCGCUGGGCGUCGGGUUCCUGGCCUCCACCGCGCUGCUUUGCCUGGGACGCCGGAGCGAUGCGCUGGGCUGA